GCAACAGAGAUUUUGCUCCUGAUGAUCCACUGGAAUUUAAGUCUCAUCAGUGGUUUGGAGCCUCUGUGAGAUCCAAAAACGAUAAAAUUCUGGCCUGUGCCCCGUUGUACCACUGGAGGACUGAAACAAAACAAGAGAGAGAGCCUGUAGGAACUUGUUACCUGCUUGCUGGAUCUAAAUCUGUGGAAUAUGCACCCUGCAGGUCAACCACUAUCGAUGCAGAUGGACAGGGUUUUUGUCAAGGUGGAUUUAGUAUUGACUUUACAAAGGGAGACAGAGUGCUACUUGGAGGACCUGGAAGUUUUUACUGGCAAGGACAACUUAUUUCUGAUCGAGUGACAGAGAUUGUGGCUAAAUAUGACUCCAAAGUCUACAGUACAAAGUAUGAUGACCAGUUAGCAACCAGACCUGCCAGUGCUGCUUUUGACGACAGCUACUUGGGUUAUUCGGUGGCUGUUGGAGACUUCAAUGGUGAUGGCAUAGAAGACUUUGUAUCAGGAGUCCCAAGAGCAGCAAGAACUCUGGGCAUGGUGUCCAUUUACAAUGGGAAAAACAUGUCUUCCAUGUACAACUUCACUGGAGAGCAGAUGGCUGCCUAUUUUGGGUAUUCAGUUGCUGCCACAGAUAUUAAUGGGGACAAUUACACAGAUUUGUUUAUUGGAGCCCCUCUUUUUAUGGAUCGAGGUUCUGAUGGGAAACUUCAAGAGGUUGGCCAAGUUUCCAUUUGCCUUCAACGAGCCUCUGGAGGGUUUCAGAUCACAAAGCUGAACGGUUUUGAGAUCUUUGCAAGAUUCAGCAGUUCUGUUGCACCUCUGGGGGAUCUAGAUCAGGAUGGCUUCAAUGAUGUUGCAGUUGCUGCACCCUAUGGUGGAGAGGACAAGAGAGGACUUGUCUAUAUCUACAAUGGAAGAGCAAAUGGUUUGAAUGCAGUCCCAUCUCAAAUUCUUGAAGGGCAGUGGGCUGCUCGCACUAUGCCACCCAGUUUUGGGUACUCGCUGAAAGGAGCCACAGAUGUGGACAGAAAUGGAUAUCCAGACUUGAUUGUUGGAGCCUUUGGUGUUGACACAGCUGUUUUGUAUAGGGCUAGACCAGUUAUUAGAGUAAACGCUGCCCUGGAAGUUAAUCCAACCAUUCUAAACCCAGAAAACAAAGCCUGUUCCUUGUCAGAUGUAAAAGUUUCUUGCUUCAAAGUAAAGUUCUGCUUGAAAGCUGAUGGCAAAGGAAAGCUCCCUAAUUCACUCAAUUUCCAAGUGGAGCUGCUGUUGGAUAAACUUAAGCAGAAAGGAGCUAUAAGGAGAGCUCUCUUUCUCCACAGCAAACAGCCUAGCCACUCUAAGAACAUGACUAUUACAAAGGGGGGCAAAAUGAAUUGUGAAGAACUUGAUGCCUUUUUGAGGGAUGAAUCUGAAUUUAGAGACAAACUAACUCCCAUUACUAUUUUUAUGGAAUAUCGUCUGGAUUACCGAACAGCUGCAGAUGCAACAGGAUUGCAUCCUAUCCUCAACCAGUUCACUCCUGCUAAUAUGAGCAGACAGGCACAUAUUCUGCUGGAUUGUGGUGAUGAUAAUAUCUGCAAACCAAAGCUGGAGGUUUCAGUAGAAAGUGAUCAGAAGCAGAUCUAUAUUGGUGAUGACAGUCCCUUGACACUUAUUGUCAGUGCUCAGAAUCAAGGGGAAGGAGCCUAUGAAGCAGAACUCUUUGUCAUCGUUCCACCCCAAGCAGAUUUCAUCGGCGUUGUUCGUAACAAUGAGACUUUAGCAAGACUGUCAUGUGCAUUUAAAACAGAGAAUCAAACUCGCAUGGUAGUCUGUGACCUGGGAAAUCCCAUGAAAGCAGGAACUAAGCUAUUAGCUGGCCUGCGUUUCAGCGUGCACCAGCAGUCUGAAAUGGAUACCUCUGUGAAGUUUGACUUGCAAAUCCGAAGUUCCAACCUGUAUGACAAUGUCAGUCCAGUAGCAUUCUAUCGGGCUGACCUUGCUAUUUUAGCAGCUGCUGAAAUUAGAGGUGUGUCGUCUCCUGAUCACAUAUUCCUUCCUAUUGCAAAUUGGCAGCCGAAGGAGAAUCCAGAAACAGAAGAUGAUAUUGGGCCUCUAGUUCAGCAUAUCUAUGAGCUGAGAAACAAUGGUGCAAGUGCAUUCAGCAAGGUGAUGAUGACUCUGCAGUGGCCUUACAAAUAUAAAAACUACACACUGUUGUAUAUGGUUCAGUAUGACAUUGAUGGUCCCAUGAACUGCACUUCUGAUAUGGAAAUCAAUCCCUUGAAAAUUAAGGUUUCUUCUAAAGAUGAUGAUAAGAAUGAAACACUUGGCAGGGAAGAUAGUCGCGAUCAUCGUAUCAGUCGAAGGGAUGUAACUGCCAUUGAGGGAGACGUGCACACUUUGGGCUGUGGAACUGCUGAUUGUUUAAAGAUAGUCUGUCAAGUUGGCCACUUGGAUAAAAAGUGAUUUUAUUUUUUUUAUCCGCAUGCAAUACUAAUUUUGUUUUUUCUUAAACAGAAGGAAAAUCAGAAUCACUCCUAUUCUCUCAAAUCAUCUGCUUCUUUCAAUGUUAUAGAGUUCCCUUAUAAGAACCUUUCCUUUGAAGAUAUCCACAAUUCUACAGUAGUUACUACAAAUAUUACAUGGGGUAUUCAACCACAGCCUAUGCCUGUACCAGUGUGGGUUAUAAUUUUGGCUGUCCUAGCAGGAUUGUUGCUCUUGGCUGUUCUAGUGGUUGUGAUGUACAGGAUGGGCUUUUUCAAACGUGUGAGACCACCUCAGGAAGAACAAGAAAGAGAACAACUGCAGCCACAUGAGAACGGGGAAGGAACAUCAGAAGCUUAA